AACAAAGAAUCAAACUAGCAUAAAAUAUUGCUUUUAUAUUGACAUGUUUUGGAUGAGUGCGUUUUUGGUAACAUUAAACUUGUCUCGCAUGGCCUUGCUUUGCCUUUGUGUCUACCUUUACUAUCCCCUUUGCACUGAAGUAUUUUAUUAUUCACCUUUCAACUGAGUUAAAAUUAAUAUCUGAAAUUUAAAUGGAAUGUUUUCUCAAAAUAAACUAUGGUGUUUCACGUCGGAGGAGUAUUAAAAGGACACGUCUUGACUUAUAAGGCUACACUCGUACACGUGUGUUGAAAUCGGUAUACUAUUAAAUUUUGCAAGAUCAAUUCGAUGUUCAUGAAGCGGUAUGAAUACCACUGAAUACAACUACGUCUUUAAAUGCGUCAUCAUCGGAGAUUGUCACGUGGGCAAAACGGCACUGCUACGGCGCAUGCUCGGAGAGGAUUUCUUACCCAAGCCCGCGCCGAUGCGAACCAGUCCGAUCUCGCAGCGGCAUCUGCAAUGCGUCGAAAAGAUUUUCACGACGUCCGAAGAAGACCGAGUGAAGUUGCAAGUAUAUGAUACAAUGGGUUUAGAGCGACACCGCAGUCUGACGUUGUCCUACUAUAGGGAUGCCCAUGUUUGCUUUAUAUGUUACAACGUCCACAAUCCAGAAUCGUUGUCAAAUCUUCAGACAUGGCUAGCAGACGUUGACAAAUACCUGGGCAGGGACACACGUGUAGUCAAGAUAUUGGUAGGAAUAAACAGCCGGGCGCCGGCUUUGUUGGAGGACGUUCCCUUACCGGAAAUGCAAAAGGACUUCGUGGUUGUCGAACCAAUCACCAAAUGGCCUACAGAGCUCGCCCAAGCGCACGGCGCUCUCACGUACGAAGUUAAACUCUACGAUAAAGCAGACGUGGAAAAGUGUUUUCAAACGGCGGUGGAUUCGCUCGUGAAACGUGAACAGUAUAAGCAUGGAAAAAACAUCGUGCUGAAAAACGGCUCUGUACAUCUUUCUGCCGACAGCUCCCAAACGAGCUCAUGUUGUUAAUUCUGAAAUUCUAGAUGUAUUCGCUUUAAAAGAGGUUUGAAACCAUAAUGCUUUUCAUAGACCGUUCAAAUUCUGUGAGCCUUGCUUUAAGGAUUGUUCCGUGUGAUGUCUGCGCUGUAUUAACACUUCUGGCAACUUCAAGCGGAACCCUGUAUAGCUACUAUUUCUAAGAAAACCGCUCUUAUAUCAACUUGAAAUCUCGCGCAUUGUUGUUUGAGAA